CAACGUCCAGUGGGCGGGGUUGGUAGAGGCUGUGAAUUGUUUGGCCUGUGUAAAGGUAGUUUGGUUAACCUAGCAGUUUCAAGAUAUCAUUACUCACACAUUGUUCUUUGUUGUGUGGGCCGCACUUCGUUUGAGCAAUUGGAAUGUUCAAUUGCCUGUUUAUUUAUUUCAAUCACUUUAAUUGUCCUGUUCAGCUACGCGGAUCUGGCGCACACCAUAAUGUCCGACUACGCACCAGCUGGACUUCAUGAGGCUGCGCUCGCUGCUGGCGGUGGCGACGCCUCUCGAGGUUGGCAUGCUGACGAGCCGCUCCCUUCAGCCGCCCAGCUGGAAGAAAGCGCCAAGCAGCUGGUAGAGCGCGUGAACGCCAAGAGACUGCGCGACGAACAGCGGUUGCGCGAGCUACGCGAUGGCUUGCGCUCUGUGCAAGAGCGCGCAGUGCGCCAGCUGGAGAGUGCCUGGUACCGUCAGAUGCAAGCCGACAGUGAACGGGUGCGACGCCAAGUAGAGGCGCUCUACCAGGUGAUCGCCGAGGUGGGCGAACACGAACUAGAGGUGCAGACGGCACGCCAGGAGCUCAACAAGCUGAUCGCUGAGAUGGCUGACCGUCAGGACUGUCAUCCCAAUACGGGGAUGUGAACUCAGUCCAGGGCUUCCGAGCCCCCCCCCCCCCCAACAUUCAUUGGUGAAGAAGCAAGUUAUCAUCUGGUUUACUUGGUUUACUUGUCAUUUUUGCGCCGUACCUGAUAAUUCUGUUUGGUACUGUUUUUCAAUUGGUGCGUCGCUGUCUGGUUGGUAUUGUUGAAAAGUGCCGUCUUUUUUGUCCAGACGACACGACAUGCUGCUUGGAUUUGCACGUCAACACGCAUCUUAAGCGUUUACUUUAUAUUUUUCCACGAACAUUGUAUAAACCAGGUAUAAACCUUCCAAAUACAUGGUUCGCCUCAGCUGAAGUUGUC